CUCGUCAUGAUGGAAGAUAUCUUCAGGUUAAUUUAAAAGGUGAAUCAAUAUUUAAAACUCUUCCAUCAUAUAAAUUUCCAGUACAAAUUUCUACAUAUGGUACACAACUUUAUUAUUCUUGUAAUAAAAGUUUAUAUAAAACAUUAAAAGAAGCUAUCUAUUUUUGUGAACUUUUAGAAAAAUAUAGUAAAGUAAAAUCACAAUAUAAACUUUUAGGCAAAGAUCCUUAUGCAUAUAAAAUGUGGAUUGGUGUUUGGAGUGAUUGUUUUUAUGAAUGUUUUUCAAAACAUCACUUUGAAGAUUUAAAAGCAAGAUUUCUUAGAGAAUUAUAUAUGUUAAGAAAGGUUUACAAUGGUAUGCCACUUAGAGUAAAUAAAAAUUUAGAAGUUAUGGCAGAAAAGCAAGCUUUAAAAAAUGCUAUGUUAAAUUAUCUUUUAAUAAAAGGUAGUGAAAAAACUAAAAUACAUGAAGUUGCUGCUUUUGCUAGUCCACCAUUUGCUAGUUUACAAGUUAAUAAAUGGUAUAACGAAUAUUUAGAAACGAAAAAAUAUAAAAAUAAUAAAUUUAAAAUAAGCAGAGUUGAAUCAAGCCAGUUUAGAUUUUUACUUUCUCCAAUAGUAAGGGAAGUUGGAGUUGGAAUUACUCUAGAAAAAAAAACAAUAUCUAUUGUUUUUGCGUUCAUGUAA